CAUCGAAGAAUCGCCUGGGAAAUGCUUCGAUAUGCUGUCAUUGGAACUGAGAGCAUGGAUGCCGAUCAUUGGCGUUGUUUCAAGAAAGGUUUCUAUAUGCAAUGUGCUAACACACUUAAUGUUCCCGAUAUUGCGAGAAGCUUUCUGGGUGGCAUUGAAGAAUUUAUCUCGAGUGCCCAAAAUUCCACCAUUGAUGGCUUCUAUGACCUGCGUUUGCGUAUAAUCUGCCGUCUUGGCAUCGAGGCUAUGGAUCGGUUUGCUGCUGCCUGUGCUGAGGCUGGGGAAGGCUUUGAGGGGAAAAUAUUUGAAGAAAUAUUCAAGGAAUUUCUCACUGAAGUUGGCUCUCCAUGCCCUCAGCUACUGGAUGCACAGAAACACCAAUUUAACUCUGAGGUCAAGCUUUCAGGGAUCCAGUCUCCAACAUUUCGGUUGCGAUUAUUAUGUUGGGCUGUUACAGGUGCUCCUCGAGUGAUAGAUGAAGGUGAACCCAUCAGAGUAUUUCUUGUUGAGGAUGACGAUAGCACAUAUAUUCCCAUAUCAGUUGAGGAGGGAGUACGUUCUUCAUAUAUUUCAACUGGGACAUCCACAUAUAAUGCCAAUGCCGAACCCAAAAAUGCCCGUGCUGCAAUCCAUCAUUGGCUUUUGACGCAAAUGCUGGAGUCCAUUGGGUCAUACACUACUGUAUAA